CUGCUGCCCUCGCCCUGGCGGUGUCACGUGUCCUUUCCGGAACCCUAGAGGCGGAAAUCUCCGAAAGUAGCCGAUCGUCCGGCUGUGCGGACUGAGGACGAAGGACAGAAGAAGGGAGGAAGGAAAAACAACAUUACACCUUGAGGAGGAGCCCAGUCCUUCCCGGGAACAUUUAUUCAGCUACGGAUUAAUUCCUCAUGACUUCUAAUGGAAAGACUGCUGGCUUGUAGGAACAAUUUAGAGCGGGAUUGCUGCUUUAUAGGGAACACGUAUUGCCCAGCAUUGCAGCUGACCCAUUAUUGAAUUAUCAGAUAAUUGCCAGAGGUUCAGCACUGACAAACACGGAACGACUCUUUACAUAACGUCCUAUUUUAGGACCUUUUGCCACAUCCAGGAGUGCUGAGGCCAAUUGUAGCACUUCAACUGCCACCUCAGUUGACGUCAGCUAACUGAGUACAGAUCAGGGAUGGGAACUUUUGGUCUGUGUGGAUUUCACAACGAGUAGGGGCUCCACAUGCUGUGCCACAUGAAAUGAAUAAAGGGCCCCAACCUAUUGGAGGACCUCCAGCUGCCCCACAUCCCUCCCCUUCUGGAAUUGCUCAGACUGCCUAUUCCUCUGGCCAGACAACUGCCCCAGUAGUUUUUGCACCACAGCAAACUCCACAAAUGAACACUCAACCACAACCACGGCAGUUUGCUGCAGGUCCUCGAGCUUUACAUCAGCAGCAAUACUACCCAAACAGAGCCCAGCAACAGAAUAGUGCUUCCAGGGUUCAGAGUAGUGCAACGACUCGACCUGUGGCCUCUGCUACACAUGUCUACCCACCUGGCUCUCAGACAAUUAUGAUGAUGACGCAACAGAUACCUACAUAUCCAUCAUCGGGACCUUACUAUGUUCCAAGCCAGUUUCGUUCUUCAUUUGUGCAACCAACUCAGCAGUAUCCUGUUCCACCUGGAACUGGAUUUUAUUCAAACCCAAAUCCUGGGGAGUACCCUUUUGGAACCUAUUAUCCAGCAACACAAGGAGUGCAACCAUAUUCUGCACCUGUGGCACCUACUACUGUUAUGAUAAAUCCAACACAGCCACAAAUGCCUCCGAAAAGAGAACGUAAACAGAUCCGGAUAAGGGAUCCAAAUCAAGGUGGAAAAGACAUCACAGAAGAGAUUAUGUCUGGAGGAAGAUCAGGCUCUACACCAACACCGCCACAGUCUGCAGGGAGCUUGGAGGGAGGUAGUGUCGUACAAACAAAUGGGGAAAAUCCUCAUCCAGUGCCAGUCGUCAUCCGACCAGAUAAGCCAAAGUCUCCUGUGGCAACGAAACCAGUAGAAGAGUGGAACAAACCUGAGAAAUCUAUUACACCUGAAAUUGUGGAAAGCAAAUCUGAAAUCAACACUAAGUUAACAGACUCUGAGGAAGUGCUGGAAACUCCAGUCACUGAGCCAGAUGACACUACAACCACUGUAGUCCCUUGUGAUGUGACUGUGACAGAUUCUUUACUGUCUGAUCAUAAUGAUAAUGAAACGAACCCUUUGGCCGAACCUAUAUCUUUGCCACCAGCAGUUGAAGAAGUGCAGAAAAAUGAAACCGAGAAGGUACAAGAACUACAAAAAGAGGAGGAGGUGAUUGUAGAUGAACCUAGCUCAAAAGAUUUGGCAGUGGAAAGUAAUGGUGUUAUGGCAGGACAAGUACAUGAACCUGGUCAAGAACUUGAAGCUCCACUUGAAGCUCCACUUGAAGCUCCACUUGAAGCUCCACUUGAAGCUCCGCUUGAAGCUCCACUUGAAGCUCCGCUUGAAGCUCCGCUUGAAGCUCCGCUUGAAGCUCCACUUGAAGCUCCACUUGAAGCUCCACUUGAAGCUCCACUUGAAGCUCCACUUGAAGCUCCACUUGAAGCUCCACUUGAAGCUCCACAUGAAGCUCCACUUGAAAUUGUAAUGGAUUCACCCAUUGCGCAACCCGAAGAACUGAAGAUGACUAAUGGUCUGGAGUUUUCAACAGAGCAGGAUUCAGAAAUUUCAGAAGCUCAGCAGGAAUCUGAUAUCAGCCCAAUUUCUGAACCUGAAGUAACAAAAACUGAAGAGAGUGCUCUAGUCUCAGUACCUUCUGAGGAGAAGGAGGAGGAGGACAAUUUAGAAGUCCAAUCACAGGAUGCCUCACCAACAGCAGCUUCUUUAUCCCAGACAAUUGACAAUCCUAUGCAAGCCGCAGCUGUAUCUGUGCCAAAGAAAAAGAGGAAAUUGAAGGACUUGAACAAGAAAGAAGCCGUUGGAGAUCUACUAGAUGCUUUCAAAGAGUCUCAAGUAAAGGAACCUGCAGCUGAGACUGAUGCCCAACCUGCUGCUGUAUCUGUCGAAGUGAAUGAAGCAAUUGGUUCCACCCGUGAUGAGCCAGAAGAAACAUGGGAAGAAAAGGAGGAUAAACAAGAUGUGGAGAACAUCAAGCCAGACGGGAUCAAAUUAUUAGAUCAAAAAUAUCAGUAUAAAGAAGAAAAUUGGAAACCACUUAAUCCUGAGGACAAGAAAAAGUAUGACCGUGAAUUUCUCUUGGGGUUCCAGUUCAUCUUUGCCAGCAUGCAGAAACCUGAAGGCCUACCAGCAAUUAGUGAUGUUGUGUUGGAUAAGGCAAACAAGACUCCACUUCGUCCUAUUGACCCAAGCAGACUGUCUGGAAUGAACUGUGGUCCAGACUUCACUCCUUCCUUUGCCACAUUUCCUGGACGACAACCGAUUGGGAGAGGCCCACCUUCAGGGGUGGGUACGAGAAGAUCUCAGCAAGGCCAGAGGAAAGAGCCGCGCAAAAUUAUUGCAACUGUCUCUCUAAAUGAUGACAUACAACUUAAGAAAGCAGAGCAUGCUUGGAAACCUUCUGUAAAGAAACCAACUGAAGAGGAUGACCCAGAUAUGAUAAAAACACAGGAGCUGUUCCGAAAGGUACGCAGUAUUUUGAACAAACUGACACCCCAGAUGUUCCAGCAGUUGAUGAAACAGGUGGCAGAAUUGACGAUUGACAAUGAAGAGCGGUUAAAAGGAGUAAUUGACCUGGUCUUUGAAAAAGCUAUUUCUGAACCAAACUUCUCUGUUGCCUAUGCCAACAUGUGCCGCUGUCUUACAACACUCAAAGUUCCAAUACCAGAUAAACCUGGAGCAACUGUAAAUUUUCGAAAGUUGCUUUUAAAUCGAUGUCAGAAGGAGUUCGAAAAAGACAAAGAUGAUGAUGCUGUAAUCGACAAAAAACAGAAGGAAAUUGAUGCUGCUGCUAUGUCUGAGGAGAAAACCCGUCUCCAAGAAGAGCUAAAGGAUGCAAGGGACAAAGCUAGACGGCGAUCACUAGGCAAUAUCAAAUUCAUUGGUGAACUCUUCAAACUGAAAAUGUUAACAGAGCCAAUAAUGCAUGACUGUAUAGUGAAGCUGCUAAAGAAUCAUGAUGAAGAAUCACUUGAGUGCCUAUGCAGAUUAUUAACUACAAUAGGCAAAGACUUGGAUUUUGAAAAAGCCAAACCUAGGAUGGAUCAGUAUUUUAACCAGAUGGAAAAAAUUAUUAAAGAAAGGAAAACCUCAUCUCGGAUUCGCUUUAUGGUGCAGGAUGUGAUCGAUCUUCGACAAAAUAACUGGGUGCCUCGAAGAGGUGAUCAGGGACCCAAGACAUUAGAGCAAAUUCACCGAGAAGCUCAGAUAGAAGAACAUCAACAGCAGUUAAGGGUACAGCAACAGCUUCUAUCCAAACAGGACAAAAGGAGAGGUGCUGCAAGUAGCAGUAGUACUGGUGGCCGAGGAAGUCAAGGGAUUGAUGAAGCAGGAUGGAAUACUGUGCCAAUUGCCAAAAGUAGCAGACCUAUUGAUACUAAUCGGCUAAGCAAGAUUACAAAGGCAGGGCCCAUGGAUUACAACAAUCAAGUGCUGGCACCAGCAGGUCGACUUGGCGGCUGGGUUAAAGGAAGCAGUGGUGGAUCGGGAAGCAAACCUAAUGAUACAGGUGUGGAUUCAGGAAGGCCAGCCACAGCCACAUUGAAUAGAUUUUCAGCUCUCCAACAGUCUUCAUCUACAGAUAAUUUUGAUGCACGGAGGGUUGUGCCCAGGAGUAGUUCGAGUCGAGAUAGAAGUGAAAAGGGUGAGCGUGAUCGAGGAGACCGAUUUGAAAGGAAUGAACGUUACGACAGAAAUGAGAGGAGUGAUCGGUGUGAAAAAAGUGAUCGUAGUGAAAAGAGUGACAAAAAUGAUCGUGUUGAGAAACCAGAGAGAAGUGAUCGUAACAGGCCUCCACUUACUAAGAGAAGCUACAGCAAAGAAGUAGAUGACCGAAGCAGGGAACGGGAACGACGAAGCUCUCAAGAACCAGUCAGGCGUGUAGCAAGUAUGACGGAAGAAAGAGAUCGGGGACAUGUACGAGAUCGGAGUAAAGAGUCUGUUAAGCUUGAACCUGUCUCUAUGUCUGUGACACCUGAUAAACCCGCCCUCUCUGAGGAAGAGUUUGAAAAGAAAUCCAAGGCAAUCAUUGAGGAAUAUUUGCAUAUCAAUGAUAUGAAGGAAGCAUUGCAGUGCGUACAGGAGCUUGAAUCGCCUAAGACACUGCACAUCUUUGUUCGAAGUGGGAUUGAGUCAACUUUGGAGAGAAGUGCAAUAGCGAGAGAACAUAUGGGCACACUGUUGUAUCAGCUUGUAAAAGCUGGUACUCUGUCAAAGGAACAGUAUUGUAAGGGGCUACAUGAAAUUCUUGAAAUAGCUGAAGAUAUGGAAAUUGAUAUCCCACAUAUAUGGCAAUAUCUUGCUGAACUAAUUGUUCAUAUGCUACAUGAUGGAGGCAUACCAAUGGGAGAUCUUUUCAGAGAAAUGGCCAAGCCACUUAUCACCAUUGGAAAAGCUGGUCUUCUGCUCGCUGAUCUUCUAUGUUUACUUUGCAAAGGAAUGAGCCGUAAAAAGGCAGGUUCCUUAUGGAGAGAGGGAGGUCUGACCUGGAAGGAAUUCCUUGCUGAGGAAGAAGAUAUUAACAAGUUUGUCACAGAGAAGAAAGUGGAGUUUACGCUGGGAAACGAAUCUAGUCACGAGGAAACAUCAAGCAAAGCUGAAAUAUCUUUUGAUGACCUGUGUGAACAGUUUGAUAAACUGAUUAAGGAGAAAGCUGACAACCAAAGAAUAUUUGACUGGAUUGAAGCUAACCUUGAUGAAAAGCAAAUGGUUUCAUCGCUGUUCAUUAGAGCAUUAAUGAAAUCUAUUUGUCAUUCUGCUGUUGUAUUUGAAAACCCUGUUCGCGUGGAUGUAGAAGUCGUCCAAAACAGAGUGAAAGUCCUAACUAAAUACCUGAAUUCUGAUCCCCAGCGUGAACUACAAGCACUCUAUGCCCUUCAGGCCUUAAUGGCCAAAUUAGAGCAGCCACCAAACUUACUAAGGACAUUUUUCGAUGUUUUGUAUGACGAGGAUGUUAUAUCUGAAGAAGCCUUUUACAAAUGGGAAUCCAGUAAAGAUCCAGCUGAACAACAAGGAAAGGGAGUAGCUUUGAAAUCUGUGACAGCUUUCUUCACUUGGUUAAGAGAAGCUGAAGAAGAAUCAGAAGGCAAUUAGAAAUCAUGAUUGACAGAAGUCAAUCACAUGGCAAAUCACAUUAGGCAGAUGAGAACUGUCCUUUGAGUUUUUGCACAAUCAAGUGCUUGGUUCUGAGAACGUCUAUUCAAUAAACCCUUGGUACUUCAAGGUUUUAUCUAUUUUUUAACAUCAGCAGUUCAUGUCUAACAAAUAUAACUAUUUAGAAAAAAAAAAAUUAGGGCUAUUGAGACAGUCCUUAAAAUUAGGUGGUUGUCAUGGGCAUAGGAAAGUGUGGGGAUUUUUGAUUUUUAAAAAUGAAUGGUGGAUACCUUGUUGGUGUUAAAUCGCCAACGAUGCAAACAAAUUUAGGGAUCCCAAGGUAUAUCAACUUGGUUUCCCUAUGCUAGAUUUUUUUUUUUGAGGGGAGGGGCACCCAGCCCUUGGACUCCUCUGUUCUUAUGCCUAUGAGUUGUAUAAAAAGCCUUGAACAAGCCUGUAGUGGAUUUUAAAAAUCAGUAAGAGUUUAACAGUUUAAUUAGACAAAAAGUAAAAACAGUACAGUUCCUAGGUGAUUCUACUUAAUGUAGAACAGUUUUAGGACGGUUCUGUAAAUAAAUGUUCCGCAAUAUUGCUAAUGUAAUGCCAUGUUAUUUCUGCUGUCUUUGAUAAAGUGCAGCAGUGUCUCCUGUAUUUAUAGAAUUCCUGAGUUCAUAAGGUGCUUGUAAUUAUCAACAAGAAUGAAUCCUCCAUUGAUUACAGUUUAAAAUGAAUGUGUAAAUACUUUUUGCUUUAUUAAGUAUUUAAUUAAAAAUUAAUGCCUCUUUUCACGUCCAGAACUGGAAAAUAAAGAACAUAUUGCAAUGUAAAAA